GAUAGUGAUAAACAACAUGGAUAAGAUGAUGAAGAGUCAAGCAUUGCCCAGUGAAGAUGUCGCAAAGAGAGCUGAGAAACUCCUCGGAGCGAUCCCCUACAGUCUGCUGUGGUACAACUGUGAACACUUUGUGACACACUGCAGAUAUGGAUCUGCAGCCAGCCGGCAAACAGAGAAGUUCUGCGAGUGCUUGAAAUCAAUCAUCAGAGACCAGCGCAGCGUGAUUGUCACAGGCCUCCUUGGGAUUAUCUCCAUCGUCUGUUUCGGCAUGGCAACGUCAACCACAUUGCCCACACAAUCCUUAUUCCAUUUACUCUGUGGAUGGCUGGUUAAAGGAGUUCAGCACAGGGAACUUGCACCUGAACUUUUUCUUGGAAAAGACCGACCUGACUCCUCCUCAGGACGGUGCACUCUUGUCAUAUGAUGCCUUAGGAGUCGGCUUACAACUUUCAUUUGAUUGUGUAGAGACAAUGUUUAAUGUGUUGUGUUGAUACCUGAAUUAAUAGUGUUCCUGUAUGACUUAUAAGUGUUGGGAAAAUACAUAUAUUUUUGGAUAUAGGAACACUGAUAACGAUUCAUUUUGCUAACAUUUGAGUCACCACAGAAAUGAAUAUACAAUCCAGUGGUGCAUUGACUGCAACAAUAUCUUAAUGUAUAUAUUUUGUGUAUUUUAUAGUAGCGUACUUAAUAUAAUGUUGUAAAUAUGACAAAUGUUUAAUAAACAAUUUA